CUACAGUGCUAGUGCCAAGAAAGAUCGUGCUCUUUCCAUGUGAAGAGUCAAUGCCUUGGAUUUGCAGUUAUAAGAAUGAUACAAUAGGGUUCGUGGUGCAGAACUUUCCGAUUUAUAGUCGGCUCAAGGCAUAUCAGACCAUGUGUGUACAUUCAGCAGGUGGUGUUUGCACGUUUUCACAAGAUGUGGAGAAAAAAGGACAGAUAUCCUGCACAGAUGUGUCUGUUGACUGGAAGUCGUUUUCCUCAGUUGGAGAUACAUCUAUCCUGGCUGCGUUUGGGAGAAAUGGAUUACACAUGGUGAUCUCUCAUCUGAUUUUAGGAUUGAAACGUUUGCUCUGGUAUACAACUAAACCCAGGAAGCUUAUCCUGAAGAAUACAGCAUCUUCAUCUGAAGCCGAUCUAUUGAUGGAUGAUGAAGGGAUCACACUUGCUCUGUGUGCAUCCCAAUCUCAAUCAGGAUUGACUACUGGACGGACUGAUAUUUACUGCAAAUUGCAUAAAAUGGAAGUGAAGCAGCAGAUUCAGAAACAACUUAAAACAGGCGAACUAUUUGCAGGAUUUACCGAAUUCACUGGCCAUGAACUACAUGACAUGACAACCGGGUUUGUGGAGACAAUGGUCAGUUCAAGACAAACUGCGGAGGUUUAUUUCAAGAAUCUGGUUGAUUUUGAAAUCAUUCCUGAAGCUGAGAAGAUGAUUACUGAACUGGUUGGGCAUGCAGUGAAGGUUAAAGUAGACUGGUCCUCUUUCAAUGCCAAGUAUUCAGACGAUGAACUCACAGUCUACAAUAUGCUAUCAGAACGAGAUGCAAACAAUGAACUUGGAGGACUGGUGCAGGUAACCAAAAGAUGCAUGGAUCUUCAGUCGGACAUCCUGUAUCUACAGGGUCAAACUAUGGUGGAUUCAGUUAAAGAUUUACUUACACCCAUGAGGGAAAUAGUCAUCAAACACACCGACUAUUUGACAAAGACAAAUAAAACUAUGUUUUGUUUGAUUGAUCAAUCUAUGCCGUGGUACAUAAAUUUCAAGGAUGGAUUAUUAACAUUUGCAGCAGAGAGUUUUCCUUUGUACAACAUUCUGAAAGCAUGUCACUCGUUUAAUGUCAACCUGAAUGGUGGCUUGAGGGAACUUGAAAACAGUGUUAGGAACAUAAAGCAAACGAUAGAAGUAUCUGUCGACUGGAAAUCAUUUGGCAAUGUUGGGGACACACAUUCUUUGUCAACACUUGGACGGAAUGGGAUACAGUUAGAGAUGCUACGCCUGGCUGCAGGAGUAAAAUACCUUCUCAAUUACGAAUUCAGGGCAGGAAAAAUACUCCUGAAAAAUGCCCCAGUUUCAUCUCAAGUAAGCCUUACAAUUGAAGAAGGUGUGUUAAUACUAACUGUGUAUGCACAACGAUCCCACAGUGGUGGUUGGACCACCACAGGUCUCGACACCUACGCACAGUUGAAGGAAAUGGAGGUGCAGCAUAUACUGACAAAAGGAAGUGAAGUCGGUUUGGUUCCAAAGAAGCAUCUGGUAUUUCUUGCUGAAAAAUCAGGCUUCAGGUUUUUGAUGCCUGUUGAGAAACGCAAAUGGCUUGAAGAGAUAACUCGAAAUGAAAGUCGACAGUUGGCAGAUCCUUUAAAGUUACUAGAACAGUAUGCUGCAGAAUAUUAUACCGGAUCACCGGUUGAAGAGAUUGAGCAUGAAUUGGUAGACGAGAUUGAAAUUGCUUUGAGUAUGUGUCCAGGGGUAUGGCCAGCACAACCGGAACCUAAAGCAGGAUAUGUGAAGAAACAACAUCGGCCAGGAAUUACGGAGACUUGGAAAACACCGCUUCGAAAAGAACAAAUAAAGGCUUUGAAAAACCAACUUCAGCCAGGCUUAUGGUGCUGGGUGACUGCAGCUGAGUUGGGUAAUGGUAUAUCCUAUGACACAUUCUUAGUCAAAGUCAGAAGAGAAGGGUCAUCUGAAUACGAUUUCAAACUGUUGCAGAAAAGUGAUGCAAAAUCAUUACCUAUAACCCGAGUCAGUGGUGUGUGGUACCACCAACCCUUUGAUAAAAUGAAUGAUCUGAAGACAAUUGAAAGGCUUCAGUUGAUCAGCUUUCUUAAUGUCUUAUAUCACAUUACUGACCCCUUUCAAGUUCAAAAACUUCUCCAGAAUAUACCAUCAAAGAUACAAAGGGGAUUAACCAGAUCGGAAAAUCAAGGGCAAGAAGAAGGCACACUCUUCCUCCCUUUUGAUUCGUGGACUACACGUUCUCGUAUAUGCAGGCCUCAUUGUGAUGUGGUUUGCAACCAUAGCAUAGCUCUUCAUAGAUGUUGGAAGACAGGAUCAGAGAUAGGCAUCAAUAUUGUUAUUGAUACAGAUGACCUAAAAAGAUGUGGAUUCAAACCUGCCACUGUUGAACGAAUUGUCAUGGAUGUUUCUACUACACUUGACAACUUUACUUCAGGUGUUACAAUGACGACACAUCAGAAAAGAGAACUUCUGUCGUCCCAAGGGGUCAUGAUGAUCGGUAGUUCAAACAUAAUGGAAGACCAUACUGCCUGGACUGCUGAAGGAAUGUCACAUGAUGAUGAACAUUUCAGUAUAUUUCCUCUCUCAGAGAGUGAUCUGUAUAUUUUUUGUGACCCAGCUCUAGCAGUGCCUGAAGAAAAUGCCCAAAAGAAAGACCAGAAGCCAUUGGCUGUCCGAUUUGUAUUCCCAAAAGUACUUCCCAAAGUGAAAGGCAAUGUUAGUAACUCUAAGAGAACGUACGUGUGCCCAAGAUUCUCGAACAUACUUAACGUUGCUCUUGGACACAGACUUGUGUCAGACAAAAGCAGAGAACUUUCAAAUAUGAUUGAUGAUUUGUCUGCAACAAAACCAACAGUUACCUUCUUGGAACCAACACCAGAUGAUACAUUUCUUCCAUAUGCCGAGAUAGUUUUUAACAACCUUACCACAGCCUUCGGUUACUUUGCGUCACGAUCCAAAGGUUCAAAACAGAAGUUCCCGAAAUCUCUGAAGCAUAUUCGUGUUGUGGAAAAAACAAAAGACUCAGAUUCUAACAUUGUCAAAUUUGACAAAGAUCACUUAACCAUAUUUGCUGUUCACAAAGGACAAUUUACAUCCAUAGCGGAUAUGAUCAUUGGCCUGGGCAAUACCAUGGGCAAGGGUUUACUCUCAUCUGAAGGCAAUCUGGAUAAUCCUCAGUUUGUAAAGUUCACUGUUGAAGGAUACCAAGGAUAUAUUCCUUCAUGGAAUGCAGAUUCCUUUAAUGUGACAGUGCCUGAUUAUCUUGGAGCUGUUGUCACUAACUCUCUUUUGAACAAGUUAGCAAGGAAUGAAUUGCUAAAACUUGCUGUCUCUGGCAAAGGACUAGGGGAUGGGCAUCCCAUCUCAUUACGGCGGAAGUAUUGGGAACAGAUUUCUGCAAGCAAAUUCACACAGGCAAAUCAACUAAUCAGGUAACAAUAGUUCAAAGAAGGCCCACAUUAUUACUGUGGCCAAGACAUGAAACUAUGUGCAUGGGGUCAAGGUCAAAUGAUACUACAUCACGUGACAAGGAAAGCUAUGGGAACUUUGUAAGAUAUAUUGACAUUUCCACGGUCAAAUACGAACUUUCCCACAAGGCCACCUUCAGAAUGCCAAUGGACAAUUUGACAGUUGGAUAUUACAAAGGAUUGUAUGCCUUCAGGAUGCCAAAUCCCAAACCACAAAUGUUCAUUCGAGCUAAAUGUAAACUGUGCAAGUCAUUUCUAGAACUACACUCAAAAACAUGCAAAGCAAAUCCUGGAGAGUACCUUCAUGUUUUCUAUGAACCACAUUCUCAAAAGUAGACAUACUUGCCAUGCAUGUCCAAAUACGACAAAUAUGAGUUACUUGCAACAUGUAUUUUCUUACCAUUCUAUGUGGUUAUAUACUAUGACUAGCAGUUUGUGGUUGUACGUCUUCAAGGAUUUCUAGUACUUGAUGAAACACAUGCAUCACCUAAACCUGUUAUUUAGAACU